CCUCACCAGUCACCAGUCACCACUCCCUAAUUCGUGGUGUUCCCACGACUAUAGUAAAGUCCUAACAAGAACACAUAGCCGACCAAACACAAAAUACCAUACCCAGCCGCCUUGCUAGACUUGGCCCUGCUUUUGGUUUUUUACCCAAACUUUUUUUUUUUUUUUUGGUUAAACUUUUAUUUGAAUUUUAACACCGCCACCGUCAACGCGUUUAAGUCUUUUAUCUCUGUUCCUCUCUCUCUCUCUCUCUCUCUGUGUCUCAGUGCGUGUUUUUUUUGAAAAACUCAGGAUUACAUCGUAUACAUUGUAACACACUGACGCCUUGUUUCAUAGGAUUUUGUUCGGAAUUGCUUGAUUCCAUGGCUCUUCGUUUCGAGAUUCUAGGGAGGUUCAAUCGUGCUCGUGCAGCUCAACUAACUCUCCCUCACUUUGUGUGCCAAACGCCCUUGUUUAUGCCCGUCGGUACUCAAGGGACUAUUAAAGGGUUGGCAACCAACCAGCUUGAGGAGAUUGGAUGCCAAAUAAUACUGGGGAAUACAUAUCAUUUGGCGCUCCGUCCUACUUCUGAACUUAUUGAUGAAUUGGGGGGUCUUCACCAAUUCAUGAACUGGCCAAGAGCAUUACUCACAGAUUCCGGUGGCUUUCAAAUGGUGUCAUUAUUGCAUUUGGCUGACAUCACUGAAAAGGGUGUUACGUUUCAGUCACCAGUUGAUGGAAAGCCCAUGCUCCUAACACCUGAAGAAUCAAUUCAAAUCCAAAACAGGAUUGGAGCAGAUAUUAUUAUGGCUCUUGAUGAUGUAGUGAAAACAACCAUUACUGGUCCACGAAUAGAAGAAGCCAUGUACCGCACUCUUAGAUGGAUAGACAGAUGUAUAGCAGCUCACCAGAGACCACAUGAGCAGAAUUUGUUUGGUAUUGUACAAGGUGGAUUAGACCCUGUGCUAAGGGAUAUAUGUGUUAGAGGCCUGGUUGAUCGGAAUUUACCUGGCUAUGCUAUUGGUGGUCUUGCAGGCGGUGAAAGUAAAGAUUCAUUUUGGCGUGUUGUUGCUCAGUGCACAGCUGCAUUGCCUGAGGACAAACCACGAUAUGUUAUGGGUGUUGGUUAUCCACUGGAUAUUGUAGUUUGCAGUGCUUUAGGUGCUGACAUGUAUGACUGUGUUUAUCCUACUCGUACUGCUCGCUUUGGCACAGCUCUUGUACCUGAGGGAGUGCUGAAGCUAAAACACAACGCAAUGGCUGAUGAUGCUCGUCCCAUUGAUCCUACAUGCGCUUGUAUGGUCUGCAGGACCUAUUCUAGGGCCUACAUCCAUUGCCUUGUUACAAAAGAUGCCAUGGGAUCUCAGCUUCUUUCAUAUCACAAUCUGUACUACAUGAUGAAGCUUAGCAGAGAUCUACACACGUCAAUAAUCGAGGGAAGGUUUCCAGAGUUUGUAUGUAAUUUUUUGCGGAUAAUGGUAUAUUUCUUCACUUCUUUCACUCAAAUUGGACCUUUUUCUGUGUAUAUAUUAUAUUUACUUAUUGGUGGGAUAUUCCCCAUCCUAUGUCAUUGUAUACGCACAUUAAGUUGAAAAUUAAGUUGACGUAGGACCAGGGGAAACAAGGUUUAAUAGGGAUUUAGGAAUGAAACAAAGGUGAAAAUCAAGAUUCGAGUUGCUGUGAACAGUAACCGUAAACAGUAAAUAAAAGAUAAAUUCCUAAGAAUCACUCCUAGGAUUUCUUGCAUCACACCUAAGAAUAGUCUGCAUCACACAAACUAUAAAAGAAAGCUUCAUAGCUCUUAAAUUCUGAAAACAUUCAUUAUUUAUCUCCCUCUCAAUAGAAAACACCACAACUCUUUAAAUAGAAGACUAAACCUAAUCCUAGUAGAACUAGGAUUUCUUAAAAACCUAAUAAGACUUGGACUUGGACUCCUUAGGCUUACUACUAAGCCCAAAUAAAUAACCAAACUUAAAUAAAACCCAAAAGAUGAUCUAAUGGACUGUUGGCAUAGCCCAUUCCAGAGUUUUAUGAAAUUACAAAAUUGCCCUUGAUACUUAAAAUCAAAUAAAAUAUAAUAAAUCUGUCUUCUUAUUGCUUCCUGUAUCAUAAGUCUUAAUCUCUAGUGGAGGUGUUAUUUACUUCUUCUUUUUUUGGCAGUAGGUAUUGGACUCUAUUUACACGUCUAGUUUAUGCCUUAGAUAUUAAUCUUAGCAUAGUGGUCAAACCAUCAAGACUCCAGUUCAUUAGAAAUUAUGUCAAACACACACACAAGUGCAUUUUUUUUUUAAAGAGAGCAAUGGUACUACUACAUUUCCACUAUGGUCCAUGGAUGUGUGGCUUGUCUCUAAUUUAUGAGUUCUUGGUGGCAGAUGAAUUUCGAAAUUGGGUCAGCCUGAGAGAGAGAAGGGUUUUUUUUUUUUUUUUGGGGGGGUGGAGGGGGAAUGCAGAUUUUCAAAUUCCUGUUAGAUUAAAACCUCCUUAUCCCAAUGAACCUAUUUACUAUUUUGAUCCUGCUGUGCUGGGUUGAAAGGUCUUCUAUUGGAAACACCGUCAAACUCUUCUCAUGUGUAUUUUAUUGGUAAGUUACACAUGCAUUGCAUUCAAUAGGUUUUGAAGACACAAUCUCACCCUCCAUCCUAUUAUUAUGGGAGAAGAAAGUGCCAGUUGAGCUUAAGCUCAGUAGUGUUGUUGCAUUGGUCACUAUUAUGGGAGAACAGAGUUUUAUUUAUGUGGUUGUUGAAUUUGGUCAUUUGGUUGAAAUAUUUAGGGUAUUACUCUUGAACCUUUUCAUGACUUUAUUGUCUUGUAGUUUCCUAAAGGUGAUGUCCCUGAAUGGGUAUGCAAUGCCAUGGAGGUUGCCGGAAUUGAUAUCUCUUCCUGCUGUUCUCCAUUCUCUUCCUCUC